UGCAGUGCUGCUCAUUACUGUGAAAACGUGUUUGUAGUUUAGUUAGCUACUUCAAUUUACCAACACUUAUUUACUCUCGGUGACUUGAGUCUGGGCCAAAGGAGAAUUUAUUUGUAGAGGUAUGAUUUAAAACCCAUAGGUAUGACUACAUGAUAAGACUGCAAACUACCAGUAACUCAAAUAAAUCAAAUAAGUCACUAUGACAGUGAGGUCGAAACAACCUUAGAUAUUCUAGAAAUUUGUGGCCCGAAGUGGAAGGAUUAACAGAGUAAGUGAUGUAAAAAAAUAAAAAGAUACUAAUUUGAUUUUAUAAACAAUAUCUAAGCGAUUAUCAACAGUAUCACACCACAACUGGAUCCAGAGAAUUGUGGGCAAAAACGGAAAUAUCACUUUACAAUAUUCAGUGGAUUACCCAAUGGCUUAGACGAUUUCUACAUGUAUAUUUUUACCACAAUACCUCGAUAACAUACAUUUAGAAUAGACCAGAGGAUUCAAAUAUCGGACACUAUAGAUGAUACAAACUAAAAGUUCGUGGACUCCAUUGGUGAACAAAGACGCAAAUAAAACGGUAUUGUUUUGUUUAAUUCUUCCAUUACUUGUCAGUUUUAGCUUUUUGAAGAACGAAAAAAUCUUAUUUUAGCUUGGGUAUGAAAUAAGAUCGCGUUUUACAUAAUCUUUAGUUUGCCAAAUGGUCAGAAAGUCAGAGAAAGGAGUUAAUGACGAAACUUUUCGAGUUAUGCACUCAGAAACAACUUGAGUCACUUUUUCACAAUAUAGAAAAUAAAAUUCCUUUAUACCAAAUAGAUUUUACUAGAAUACUACCAAGAGUUCUAUGCAUUUAUCUGUUCUCUUUUCUGGAUCCUAGAAGUCUCUGUCGCUGUGCACAGGUAUCAUGGUAUUGGAGAUAUUUAACUGAAUCAAAUGAAUUAUGGGCAUCGAAGUGUUUAAGAUAUGGAUGGGAUUUAAUCGCUUCACAUAGUCAAUGGGAACCUGGAAUUUGGAAGAAGCAUUAUAUUCAAAACAUACGUUAUCUUCAGUUUCAUAUUUCAGAGAAGUCAAUCAAUAAAGAAAAUGGUGAUACAAGAGAAAGAUGUUCAGAAGAACUAUUCAAUAAAAGAUGUCAUACAUUGAAUUUUGUAAAUAAUCAUCAUCAGGAUCAUUAUAAGAACAAUAAUAUUGAUACUACUAUUAAUACUACUACUACUACUACUAAUAGUAGUACUAGUAGUAACCAUGGUGAUUAUGAUAAAAAACAGGAUGUAAAUAGAAACUAUAAAAUGAUUCAAUUAAAUGAUACAUCUAAAUUAAUACCAUGGCGUGCACCAAGUCGUAAACCAUCUGAUACUCAUCGUUUUAAUUAUUUUGAUAAUAAUGAAACAAACAAGUUAAAAUCUUCUAAAAAUGAAUUUCAAUAUCGGUUCAGUAAUAGUGCUGGGUCAACAAGAAAGAAGUACUCAUUAUCAUCAUCAUCAUCAUCACCACCCCAAACUGAUGAUAUUUACAGUAAUGGUAUUAAUGGUGAUGUUCAUAAUCUGUUUAAGCAUGAAACAAUACAGAAAUCAACAUGUCCUAAUAUUACAAUGUUCACAAGUCAUCAUAAUUCAAUCACAUUACCUUGGAAACCUACAUCUACAUAUCCAUCUGGAGCAUAUUAUCUUAAUACAGAAAAAAUGCAACCACUACAAUAUAGUAUAAUUAAAAAAUAUUUUAAUCCUAAUUCUAAUUUUAAAAAUAGUUCAAAAUUAAAUAAAAUUGAGAAUAAUGAACCGCCAAAUCAUAAACUACAUUUGAACAACUCAAAAUUGAAUGGAUCAUAUAAACAACUGGAUCAUGAAAUCGAUAUGGUCAAUUUCUCAAAUAAUAAACAAACCUAUGAAAAAUCGAUGGUUUUGGAAGAAAUGAAUUCUCAAUAGUAAACAUAGUAAUAAUAAUAAUAAUUCUCCACACAUGAAUAUACUACUACCCUACAAUAAUGAGUAGUUUAAAUUAAUUUGUAAACUGUAAAAUGAAGCUUAUUCACUUUUCC